AUGGCGCCGCUGUCGGAUACCAAUUAUUUUCCCUCCGUGGGACAGUGCCUCUCUGGGGAGAAAGUGCUUCUGCCUUGGAAGCUGGUCGCCACAGCUCUUUCGGAUGGCACUGGCAAACGGCAGACGAGCUCUGCCAUUAUCAAGUUCUUCGACGACGACUAUGUCCGUGCCCUGUUGAGCGAACCCUCGACCGCGUUUGCGCCGCCUGACGAGGCUACAAACAAGAGCUUCGAAACCAAGAUAGCACCAAUUAACGUCACCUCGGCCUCGACUGACCGAUACGAUAUAAACCAAUUCAAGGAUGAUGCAAAAUGGCUGAGCAACAACGCAAAAGUCAACUUGGUGGCCGCCCUGCGAGUCGUCAUCAUCGAGUACCAAUCCCGCUCUUCAAGUCACCUUUUGGGCCCUCUAUCAUCCCACGACGCCGCCAAUCUCCAAGAAGCUGCGGGCUUGCAAAAUGGCCAGGGAGCAGCAUUUUUGUCGGACCUGGGAGCAUCGGCCGCGUUGGAUGCCGAUGAGAUAUCGGCAGAAUUCGACAAACCAGAGGCAAGGAGGCGUCGCUUGUUUGAUACAUUCUUGACGGAGCGUCGCUUCUUCAUAAUGACUGCGGAUUAUGCCACAUCCAUCAAGCUGUAUCGGCGUCUGCCCAUCUUUGCUCCUGGGGACAACAAAAUCGCCGAUCUGUACAAAUUAAGGAUGUCCUCUCAACCGCGUGAUGAGAUGGAGGCGAUGCUGCCAGCUUAUUUGGAUGUCGUGUCUAGCUGCAUGAGCGGGAUCGAGGCUGGCAUGAGAGCAUUUACGGACGAAGCCUUACUGCUCAACGAUGAAGUGGAACUAGAAUGGCUGCGAAGCCUCUUGACCGAGAUCGUUCACAGCUUGUCUGUGGUUCUCCAGCUGGUGGACUGCUAUGGGAGCGACUUCCCCCCGUCCUCUGCUAUCAACCAGUGGUUUUCGUUGAUGGAAAUCUACGGCUUCUUUGAUUCUAUACAGCCGGCCCUGUCUUCAGCCAUCUCCAUCGGCUUGCUCAAGCCUGCACGGGCACUUGCAUAUCUAUCUGAUCGAGACGAGGACCCAGCACAAGCUGACGACGUGUACGACUCAUAUUUGCUCUCGCCAGAUGUUUUGGAGCAGGUUCACAAGAGCAUCCUGGACGCCGCUGGGUUAGACUCUGAGACUGCUUGCCCCGUCAUAUUCACGUGGUCGUUUCUCCUACACCGACUCAAUGUAUCCUACCAGACUAGAACCGACAAGCGGGACAACUUGAUACAGCAAAGCGCCCGCGAAAAAUUCGAAACUCGGAGCGUGAUGCGCACACCCACUCGACGAAAUUCCGCUGGAAGCAUCUACUCUAUUGAAUCUUCGAAAUUCGAUGGCUUUCUCGAGAAUUCGUCUAGUCAGAGGGAUAUGCAGGUUGUUGAGCAGCUUGCUGCUGUCGCUACAGCCCAAGGCAGGGUCUUUGAUAUAAUGUCAAAGAUGACUCAAACUUUGGGUCCGUCUAUCGACGGCAGCUUGUCACCCCUGAUUAGCUCGCGCCUUCGUGUCAUAUUUCUAGAGCUAUUGAAAGUUUCGUAUCCAUUUGUUGGGUAUCAGUCAGACUCCGUGAGCUGUCUGCACUCCCUUCUUUCUCCUGGUCGAGGUUACUGGGAGCUAUCCGCGUCGGAGAAUAUGCCCAUCGCCCAGGACAUCCUUGGAUCUAUGCUGCGAGAUGAUCUAGCCAUGGACUUCUUUUUCCAGCAGGCGCUUGAUCGGUACCCUUACGAAUUCCUUCCUUUUAUCACGCUCUGUCGCACGCUCUGCACUGCCUCACAAUCGAUUCAAGAUGAUAGGACGGACAUAAUUCUCGAACUGCUACGCAAGACUCCGACCAUCACAUUCACAUUACCAGAUACAUUCCAGGGAUACGAGCUGGUCCAAGAAGAUGAAAACACAAACUCUUUCUGCCUUUUAGAGGAGGUUCCUCUGAUCUCUCUAUCAUCCUCUUGGAGUCGGAGGUACAUUGAGGAUGAUGCAUACAGAAUACCAGCGGGCACCUACGGCCGAUUUAUUACAGAUACCGGCCGCGUUGUCUUGAUGGACUACCCUCAUUCAACCUUGUCGUUGCUGGGACGGCGACUGGAGAUUAGCCUUUCCCAAGAAGGCUAUCGUUGCGAACUGGGAAUGUUGCAACCGGAAGAGACAGCUGAAGUCAUUUCGUUGUUAGCGUCACUACUUCGAAUGGAGCAGCUGAAGCUGGCAAAGCAAGGGGAUAGCCGCGCAUUGGUUCAUUACGAUGACGACCUGCUAUCCGAGACUAGCACACACAUCAGUGCUGGGAAAGAUAUUGUCACUAUUGUGUGCGAAACGAUGGAUUAUUACAUGCAGGAUGAGUUGGCCAUGACUGAAGAUACGGCUGUGGGCGUCCUUACCGCAUGUGUUAAGUUUCUGCAUGCUGUUCUACAGGUGCAGCCCAGCAGAGUGUGGUCGUACCUCGCAAGGACAGAGUUAUUAAACUCUGAAUCAAGAGCUGGCAAACUCACCAAGAUUACGGGCAGUCUUGACCUGGUCUCGGAGAGAUUCGAAUUCCUCUCAUCCUCACUGUCACUGUUUUCCGCACUUAUCGACACUGUCAUGUCUUCCGCCGUCCAGCGUCGGGCUCAAAACAAACCCCUGGGCCGACAGCAGUCAGAGUCGAACCCGUGGAUUGGGACUGCCGACAAGGUGCUCUCCAAAGUUAGCUUUUCGAUUGCACAGACGUCCGUUGAUGUGUUUGAAAAUACGUCGACGUGGAUGUUUGACUCGGAAACUAGUCGAACAUCGCUGCUGCAGACAGUCGUGCCUAUUCUCAACAAGAUUGUCAUUUACACCUAUGGCAUGGGGGAUUCUCCUAGGUCUGACAAUCUCACAUCCUGUCUUCGACCUGCCGCUUCCCACAUCAUUGAUUGCUUUUUAUCGCCAUCGAGCGGAAGCCUCCGAUUCCAACCUCUUCUCUCCUCAUUCAUAUCUACCCUCACAAGACCAGAUUCAACCCUAUAUCCCCUGCGAUCCCAAGCCGUUCGAAGCGAAGUCACGUCAGUGCUCGACUUUUCUACCACUCUUCUUCGGGUUGCAAACUACCUUGAACGUUCUUCGACGUUAGUUGAGACGUAUCUAUUCAAGACUUCGACGUUAUCAGCCCGGCUCUGCGCAGUAUCAGAUCACUUCCGUGGGCCAGCGUUGUCGCUGCUGGAGGCGCUCGUCAUCAACGCCGCUCAGUCCACCGGUGAACCACCCUCCCUUCUAGGAUAUCUCGGUCCCCAGAUUUCAAAAUCUUUUCUCCAUAUUUUGGCAGCCAUUGGGCAAACGCCACGAGAGGCAAUGAAGAAGGAUGCCAAGAAGAAUGAAACGUCUGAGGAUUCUGUAUUUGCAACGGCAUUAUCUAAACUUAAAAUUUUGAAAGAUUUAGAGACAGGAGAAGCUCUCGUCGUCUUGGAUUUCGUUACAUCCGCGCAGAAUUACUGGCCUUGGACAGUGUUUACUCUUCAGAAAGACACAGCCUAUAUGGAUGGGCUUCGAGCCUAUGUACGUGAUUUGAAGCCCUCUCACCAAACUGUCAAAUCAGACGCAGUGCUGGCCAGCACUCAGGCGAGAAUUGCUGCGUACAUUGCGGAAACGUUUGCAAUGCAGCUCUACCAUUCGCGUCAUCUUGGUAACGCGGACACAUUCGCCAAAGGACUGACCAAUGACCUGGACUACUACCUUCGUGAUGGUGUUGAGGUGGCUAGCUACAACAAGUCUCUCCACAACAACUUUGCAAAGAACUUUUCCAAUAAGUAUUUCGGAACCUCUUUGGACAACUUUAAGCGUACCUUGGUGAGUCCAAGGGAACUGGGCGAAAAUUAUUAUUACGACCUGGAUCGUGCCGAUGAGGUUCUGCGAUUUGAUCCCGGAUGGCAAGGAAGGAGAGGCUCUGGAUUCCUGAACGAGAUGAAACUGGCAAACGCCAAUCUGUCUUUGGUCGAUGCCCAAAUCGCGCUCUUCCACGCAUGGGAGCUUUUGUUGCUUGAAUUGAGCACAUGCUUCCCCGAGAGCGAUGCUACCCAUAAGCACAUGAUGCAAGUUGCUCAGCAGUGCCUGAAUGCCAACCAGCUGGUUCCUGGCCCUGAAAGCAUCUUCCUCAAAAUUGUCGACAGAAGAGCUAAUCUGGCUCUCAUUCUAAUUCAGCGCUUGGCUCAGUCCACUCUCGCAAUCAAGGAUGUUAACCAGCUUCUGGAGACUUUGAUUGGUACGAUCAAUAGUGUUGAUGAGCCGUUUGAAUCUGAGUCUCUUGGUUAUUACCGCACACUUCUGAAGGCACUGUUUGUCACGCUGCGGGCAUAUCAAACGACAUCCAGCAAGAUGGCGGCGAGCUCACAAGCAGAUCUUGAGGGAUCUAUGGUGACUGUUACCCAAACCAUUCUCAACAUACUAGACACUGUGGUUGCAAGUGGAUUCCGGUCAUUGGUUAGCUUGAUUCAUGAUAAGGAGACAGAUGUCUUCCCAGAGGAUCUUGCUCUCCUUACUGCAAUCAUGCAGGCUUGUCUCAGUGUUCCUAAUAUUGAACAAUCUCAGACUCAAAUAUUGAACAUCAUGGCAUCACAUGACGCUACGCAUGCAGCAACAUCGCUGUACUCCUGGGCUGAUAAGUUGGGCGAACAUGGCGAUCCCGUCUAUGGCGAGCUCAGCAUCUUGUUCUUACUGGAGCUCUCAACUCUUCCGUUGCUGGCGGAGCAGCUUGCUUGCGACGGAGUUCUCGGCUCUAUCCUCUCAGCUAACCUCACCAAAUUCAUGCUGAGGACUAACGUCUCGCCAUAUGCGGAUGCAUCAAUUGCACAACGGUGCUACGGAAUAUGGGUUAAAGGGAUGCUUCCACUCAUGUUGAAUUUGCUCACUGCUCUUGGAGCAACAGUUGCUCCGGAAAUUACAUAUGUUCUGAACCAGUUCCCGCAUCUACUGCAAGCUAGCGUGGAGCGAUUUGAAGCGCCUGGCGCCAGUCGAACCAAGGAGAAGUCUACCCAGUACUUGACGCUUCUUGGUACCUCGGAGAUUCACUCUUUGGCUCUACUCACGCGCGUGCUUGCGGCUCUUCGGAUGAACAAUAGCAGAGAUAUCCCGCCGGUCGAAUGGGAUGCGACGGGACUUCUUGAGAAUGUAGACUAUUGGCUCUCCAGCAGACGUCUUUUGAAGGAGCGGCUCCUGCCGCUAGGGCAACGAGAGAUGGAAUGGAGAGGGAGAAAAUUGGCGGGGGAUUGUGAAAACUUGCUGGAGGAGAAAGUGGUGGCACAGCUUGAGACGGUUCGAGACGUGCUGGGCGAGGAAUUUGAAGGUUGA